AUGAAUAUUCAGCAGAGCGCCAUCAAGAUUAGGUUUGCGGUAAAGUUUGUGCAAGCGAUGAAGAGGCUGAACAAGAGAAGAGGCAUGACUAUGUCCAUGUCUACGAGAUACCGGGCCACGAGAGCAGCGGCCUGCGCUUCCAUGGCGUCUGCAGUUGGGCCGCAGAGGGCGUGGAGCCGGGCCGUGCUUAGGAAGACAAAGAGGCGCCGUUUUCAAGCGAUCAGCAAAAAACGCAGACUGAUUAACCCUAGGAGAGAAAAGCUACAGGAAGAAGAUCUACGAGGGCUCGUGCCGGGAGGGAAAGGAAUGGAGUAUUGCAGUUUGUUGAGUGAAACUGCUCAUUACAUAAAAUGCCUACAAGCACAGAUACAGGUUAUGUCAGAUAUACUCAAUCAUCACUCUUCCUCUCUCAACUAA